AUGGCUUCAAGAUCAUAUAGAGCCCCAGACCCGCAUAUGGGCAAAGCUUCAGGUCCUUCCACAGUGGCUUUUGCUCGGAGGUCCUCCUCGGGCCGAUAUGUGAACUAUUCGAGUGGCGAUCUUGACAAUGAAAACUACAGUAUUGAAUUUGCAAACUACACGGUGCAAGUACCGCCAACACCCGAUAACCAGCCAAUGGAUCCUUCCAUUUCCCAGAGGUUUGAAGAGCAAUAUGUGUCGAAUUCUUUGUUUACUGGUGGGUUUAGCAGUGUAACUCGUGCUCAUUUGAUGGAUAAGGUCAUUGACUCAGACACUAGCCAUCCCCAGAUGGCUGGUGUAAAGGGAUCUUCUUGUUUAAUACCGGGUUGUGAUGGGAAGGUCAUGAGUGAUGAGAGGGGUGAGGAUAUUCUCCCUUGUGAAUGUGAUUUCAAGAUUUGUAGGGACUGUUAUGCUGAUGCUGUGAAAAGCGGUGAUGGGAUUUGCCCUGGUUGUAAAGAGCCUUAUAAGAAUACGAAUUUGGAUGAGAAGGCGGUCGACAGUGGAGGGCCUUUGCCUUUGCCUUUGCCACCCAACUUUGGGAUGUCAAAGAUGGAGAGGAGGUUGUCUUUGAUGAAGUCCACUAAUAAGUCGGCAUUGAUCAAAAACCAGUCACAAUUGAUGAGGAGCCAGACUGGGGAUUUUGAUCACAACCGAUGGUUGUUUGAGACGAAGGGGACUUAUGGGUAUGGGAAUGCUAUAUGGCCAAAGGAUGAAGGACUUAGUGAUGAGAGUAAUGUUGAUGGCGGGCCUAGUGAACUUCUUAACAAACCAUGGAGGCCACUCACUCGAAAAUUGAAGAUUCCCGCUGCUAUUAUCAGUCCAUAUCGGCUUCUUAUUUUCGUUCGUAUGGUUGUUCUCGGGUUAUUUCUUGCUUGGAGGAUCAGUCACCCAAAUAAUGAUGCAAGAUGGCUCUGGUUAAUGUCAAUUGUCUGUGAGAUUUGGUUUGCCUUCUCGUGGUUACUUGACCAGCUUCCCAAGUUCUGCCCUGUUAAUCGUGCUACUGACCUUGAUGUCUUGAAAGAAAAAUUUGAGACACCUGGUCCCCACAACCCCUCUGGAAAAUCUGAUCUUCCUGGCAUAGACAUCUUUGUUUCUACUGCUGAUCCAGAGAAAGAGCCACCUCUUGUUAUGGCAAACACCAUUCUGUCAAUUCUGGCAGCCGAUUACCCUGUGCAAAAACUUUCUUGCUAUGUGUCAGACGAUGGAGGUGCCCUUCUAACCUUUGAGGCCAUGGCAGAAGCUGCAAGUUACGCCAACCUGUGGGUCCCAUUUUGCCGAAAACAUGAUAUUGAGCCAAGGAACCCAGAAUCUUACUUCAGUUUGAAGAGAGAUCCUUAUAAGAAUAAGGUCCGUCCAGAUUUUGUCAGGGACCGUAGACGGGUCAAGCGUGAGUAUGAUGAAUUUAAGGUUCGUAUCAAUGGCCUUCCUGAUUCAAUUCGGCGUCGUUCUGAUGCCUAUAAUGCUCGAGAGGAAAUCAAAGCCAUGAAGCUUCAAAGGAAGAAUGCUGGGGAGGAAUUAUUGGAACCUGUGAAGAUUUCUAAAGUCACCUGGAUGGCUGAUGGAACACAUUGGCCUGGAACUUGGAUGGUUCCAGCUCCCGAGCACUCUAGGGGUGAUCAUGCAGGAAUUAUACAGGUGAUGUUGAAACCUCCUAGUGAUGAACCACUGCGUGGCACAGUUGCAGACACAAAUGCUAUUGAUCUAACAGAAGUAGACAUAAGGCUUCCAAUGUUGGUCUAUGUAUCUCGUGAAAAGCGCCCUGGCUAUGAUCACAACAAGAAGGCUGGGGCCAUGAAUGCCUUGGUUCGAGCCUCAGCCAUCAUGUCCAAUGGCCCCUUCAUUCUUAACCUUGACUGUGACCACUACAUUUACAACUCUGAGGCAAUAAGGGAAGGCAUGUGUUUUAUGUUGGAUCGUGGUGGGGAUCGCAUAUGUUAUGUCCAGUUUCCUCAGAGGUUUGAGGGAAUUGAUCCAUCUGAUCGCUAUGCAAAUAACAACACAGUUUUCUUUGAUGUCAACAUGCGUGCCCUUGAUGGGCUUCAAGGUCCAGUCUAUGUUGGUACUGGAUGUCUAUUUCGUAGGAUGGCCCUUUAUGGUUUUGACCCACCUCGAUCAAAAGAAUACCAUCCUGGUUGCUGCAGCUGUUGUUUUCCUCAUCGCAGAACUGUUGCUUCUGCCCCUGCAGAGAACAGAUCGCUUAGAAUGGGAGAUUCUGAUGACGAGGAAAUGAACCUUUCUCUGUUUCCUAAGAAGUUUGGAAAUUCAAGUCUCCUAGUUGAUUCCAUCCCAGUGGCCGAAUUUCAAGGCCGAUCACUUGCUGAUCACCCCUCUGUGAGGCAUGGAAGACCUCCUGGUGCUCUUACCAUUCCUAGGGAGCUUCUUGAUGCAUCUGCUGUUGCUGAAGCAAUCAGUGUCAUCUCGUGUUGGUAUGAAGAUAAAACUGAAUGGGGCGGUCGAGUUGGAUGGAUUUAUGGUUCAGUAACCGAAGAUGUGGUGACAGGAUACAGGAUGCACAAUCGGGGAUGGAGAUCAAUUUAUUGUGUGACCAAGAGGGAUGCUUUUCGUGGGACUGCGCCAAUCAAUCUGACUGAUCGGCUCCACCAGGUCCUUCGUUGGGCUACAGGUUCUGUUGAGAUAUUCUUUUCUCGCAAUAAUGCUCUUCUGGCUGGUCCUAAGAUGAAAAUUUUGCAGAGAAUUGCCUACCUCAAUGUUGGUAUCUACCCCUUCACUUCAGUUUUCCUCAUUGUCUACUGCUUCCUUCCAGCACUUUCUCUCUUCUCUGGCCAGUUCAUUGUCCAGACUCUCAAUGUCACCUUCCUUACUUACCUUCUGGUCAUCACCUUGACUCUUUGCGCGCUUGCUAUCAAGUGGUCUGGCAUCGCAUUGGAAGAUUGGUGGCGGAAUGAACAAUUUUGGUUGAUUGGAGGCACAAGCGCCCAUCUUGCUGCUGUGCUCCAGGGGCUACUAAAGGUGAUCGCUGGGGUUGAGAUCUCAUUUACUUUGACAUCCAAAUCUGCUGGUGAUGAUGUUGAUGAUGAAUUUGCUGAUCUUUAUCUUAUCAAAUGGACAUCCCUGAUGAUACCACCAAUUACAAUCAUCUUAACCAACUUGAUUGCGAUAGCCGUUGGUGUUAGCCGAACAAUAUAUAGCACAAUCCCACAGUGGAGCCGCUUGUUAGGAGGGGUGUUCUUCAGCUUCUGGGUCCUUGCUCAUCUCUAUCCCUUCGCAAAAGGGCUUAUGGGGAGGCGAGGAAGGACACCAACAAUUGUAUUCGUUUGGUCAGGACUUAUUGCUAUUACUAUUUCCCUCCUUUGGGUUGCGAUCAACCCACCAGCUGGUAGUAGUGGAAUUGGAGGGUCUUUCCAGUUCCCUUGAUUUCUCAAGCUCUAGUCACUGGUAAUUUCAUUCUUGAUCAGUCAUAUACUUUGCACAACUUGUUUUUCACCUGCAACUUGCUAGAAAAAUGAAGAAGGGCUCGAAUUGGAUAGGGCUUCACUAUCAUUCUCUUACAUUUCCUAUAGCAGAAUGUGUUACAUUCUUUGUAAUUCAGAUGCUUUGGGAAAGUAUAAAUUAAAGCUGAUUCUUUUGUUUAUUUUGUGCUGGUC